GACGUGUCGCUGAAGAGCCUCUCUCUUUUUGCUGCGAGGCAGCGGGCUGAUGCCACACAAGCUCUGCUGAUCCACUUCACUGGGACCAUAAUCCGACUGGGGCACGGACAGAGCACACCAUGGCUAUUAAAUUUUUGGAAGUGAUAAAACCCUUCUGUGCAGUAUUACCCGAGAUCCAGAAACCAGAGAGGAGGAUUCAGUUUAGAGAGAAGGUGCUAUGGACAGCCAUCACCCUAUUCAUCUUUCUGGUGUGCUGCCAGAUUCCCCUCUUUGGUAUCAUGUCAUCAGACUCUGCAGAUCCUUUCUAUUGGAUGAGAGUCAUUCUUGCUUCCAACAGAGGUACUCUGAUGGAGUUGGGUAUCUCUCCCAUCGUUACCUCUGGACUGAUCAUGCAGCUGCUGGCUGGAGCUAAAAUUAUUGAGGUCGGAGACACACCUAAGGACAGAGCACUGUUUAAUGGAGCUCAGAAACUGUUUGGAAUGAUCAUUACCAUUGGACAAGCUAUUGUGUAUGUGAUGACUGGCAUGUAUGGAGACCCCUCAGAGAUGGGUGCUGGGAUCUGUCUGCUCAUCAUCAUUCAGCUGUUUGUGGCUGGUCUGAUAGUACUCCUGCUGGAUGAGCUACUCCAAAAGGGCUACGGUUUGGGCUCAGGCAUUUCUCUCUUUAUUGCCACAAACAUCUGUGAGACCAUUGUAUGGAAAGCCUUCAGCCCAACUACAGUCAACACAGGCAGAGGUACUGAGUUUGAGGGUGCCAUCAUUGCUUUGUUUCACUUGCUUGCCACACGUACUGAUAAAGUGCGAGCUUUGAGAGAAGCUUUCUACAGGCAGAACCUGCCCAACCUCAUGAACCUCAUUGCUACCAUCUUUGUCUUCGCCGUGGUCAUAUACUUCCAGGGCUUCAGAGUUGAUUUGCCCAUCAAGUCUGCACGUUACCGUGGUCAGUACAACACAUAUCCCAUCAAGCUCUUCUACACCUCCAACAUUCCCAUCAUCCUGCAAUCUGCUCUGGUGUCCAACCUCUACGUCAUCUCUCAGAUGCUUUCCACUCGAUUCAGUGGCAACUUCCUUGUUAACCUGCUGGGAACCUGGUCUGAUACUUCAAGUGGAGGGCCAGCUCGUGCUUACCCAGUAGGUGGUCUGUGCUACUACCUCUCCCCUCCAGAGUCAUUUGGCUCUGUGCUAGAAGACCCAGUCCAUGCUGUCAUCUACAUUGUCUUCAUGUUGGGAUCCUGUGCCUUCUUUUCAAAGACCUGGAUUGAAGUUUCUGGAUCUUCUGCCAAAGAUGUGGCAAAACAGCUGAAGGAACAGCAGAUGGUGAUGAGGGGACAUAGAGACACCUCCAUGGUUCAUGAACUCAACAGAUACAUCCCCACAGCUGCAGCAUUUGGAGGACUGUGCAUAGGUGGUCUCUCUGUUAUGGCUGAUUUCCUGGGAGCUAUCGGCUCAGGAACAGGAAUUUUAUUGGCUGUUACAAUCAUCUACCAGUACUUUGAGAUUUUCGUUAAGGAACAGAGUGAAGUAGGCAGUAUGGGUGCUCUGCUCUUCUAGGAAAGCCCUCCACAAUCACACAAGACUGACACAACCGUUCUUUACUAUUUUCUUAUUCCAUUUUUGUUUUAUCAUGUGGACAUAAUCAGUGCUCUGCCUCUCAAAGGCAAUUGCAUAAUGCAUCUUUUUUUCCCAGAUGACCUGCACGUCACACCAGCAGGCUGGAUCUUGUUUUUUUGCCUGUGGGGAAAUUAAUUGGCAGCAUGCUGUCCCAGCAUUCAGCAUGGAAAUGUACUCGUCUCUUGUUCAUGUCAUAGGACGUCCCAUUUUCUCUAUCUCUUCAGCCAGUACACUUCUUGCUGCAAGUUUAAUCGUAUUUCUGAUGGUUAAAAGCACAAAUGGUUAAUAUUCUGGAACUGGCUGACCCCAGUGAUGUGGACAUAUGCAGCAUGUGUUGGAUCUGUCAACCUAAGAUUUAAACCAGUGCCAGAGUGUGUGAUCAGGUAACCACAGUGUCAUGCCAUGGAGACUGUUAAUUGAUCCGUUGUAAAUAAAAGUUUUUUGACAGAAUUUCUGAGGUAAGAGAGAUGUGUCUGCGUGUUCAUCUGUAACAGAAACAACAUACCCAGUUUUUCAGGGGAACUUUGCCUGGAGUUGCAAAGAAAAGAUGACUGUGUCUUACCCAUUUCAGGUCAUUUUAAGCUCUAGUUUGGAUGCUUACUAGACAGAUGAUUGUAAAAAUGGAAGAGCACCUUGUACUUCUGGGAUACAGUUCUUUCAGUGGCAUUGAUUUAUGUUUUUUUCAUCUAGCUUGUCUGCUUUGUCAAGUCACAGUGAGAAUGUUCUUAUUGGUAAGAGAUUUUUGACACUAUUGUUAUUUUAUUAUUAUUAUUAUUAUUAAAUUUUUUUUUCUGUAUUAUCUAUAGUAUUACAAUACAGAGUGUUCUGCCUACACUUUGGAGCAUUGUUUACUGCACAUAGCAAGAUCUGCCUCACAUCAUCCUCUUGACUUAUUUGGGUACAAGAACAGAAUGCUACCCUAAGCAAAAGAAAUUAAUGUUUCAAUAAAAGCCUUUAAAUAAU